AUGUCCGGCGUCUACGAUAUUCUCUCUAUCCGAAAUCCCGCGAUCAAGGAGCUCUUCCGACUCCGCGUUGGGCGAAGGCGUGCUCGCAUGCCCAAAGGGCAAUGCGUAGUGCGAGGUCGUCAGAUUGUGCAGUCUAUUUCGGAGCACUUCAAGUUUGAGAAGGUCUUCACACAUGAGUCGCGAGAUGCAGCCAGCUACAAUGCAGACAAAGUUAUUCGCACUCCAAAAGCCGUUCUGCAGCAUGUGCUCUUCGGUGCGAAGGCACCUUCGCAGACCUUGAACGACGGGGAUCUCGUUAUAGGACAAAUCAAGCAACCCGAGGCAACAGAAGAGUUCGAACCUUCGCCGAGAUGCUUGCUGGCAGUUGACAAGAUCAAGCAUCCGGAGAAUAUGGGUCUCUUGCUGAGCACUGCCGUUGCAUUGAAGUUCGAUGGAGUGGUGUUCAGCACCGAAUGUGUGGAUCCCUUCUGCUACAAGGUGCUUGAAGCUUCCCAGGCAGUUGCGUGGACGUUGCCAUACAAGAGCUUUGCCACACCGCAGCAGCUGGUGGAGCUUUGUGACAGGCACCAGCUGCUGCUAUGUGCCGCGCAUAAAGAUGGCAACGUGUUGUCGGAAGUGUCGCAGCUCUCCAGCAGCCGACGUGGUUUUUGCCUGGUUGUAGGCAAUGAGGCCGACGGCAUUCAGGCAGAGCUUCUCAGCCGCUGCACGAAGGUGGCAUUACCCAUGUCAGAACUGGUCGAGUCCCUCAAUGCGGGAGUC